CCCCCUACACACACGCACACACUGCCACAACCACCACCACUCUCCUCCCCCAUCAUAUGACGCAAUUUACCACCCAUUCCAAAACCUCAGUUCUGGACAGCGCGAGUUGGAAAGCAACUCACGAGGGAGCACAAAAUACUUCUCAAAGCUUCUUGGAUUUAAUAGGCGAAACUUUUUGGAGCGGCUUUGUGACUUGGGCCUACUUUUUUUUACUCUUCCUAAAAAAAAAGUGGAGUAGCUGCAUAGUGCGCAUGCGCCAAACAUGGGAUAAACAGUCUUCUGUUUUGGUUGCUUUUAUGGAUAAACUUUCUUGAAAGCUGAAACUGAAAAUAAAGUGUUGUAAGCCCGGAUUUCAAAUGCGUCCCAUGUCAGCUCGAGUGGCCCUUCACUCCCGCGAUGGAUCCCAGAAUUGCGAGUUUCCACGACGGGGGAGGAGGACACCGCAAGCGGUCACCACAGGACGAUGGGAGCCAGCAGCCGAGGCCUUUGCUAGCCCACGAUGGCGUGCUGGCAUUGGAUCGGAUGAGGAUAAUUGGGAGCCGCAAUGAGUACACAGAAGGACCCACAAGGACUCCGGCCUCACAGGAGAGUGACCCAGUUAAGUCACAGUUUUCCAGCUUUCAUCAGGACACCCAGGACGAGAGGCCCGGUGAUCUUCAGAACUUGUGUGCCAACCCAAUGCCGUCGUCCGGGCCGGAGGACUCUCAGAGUAGUGCGGGGAGCACUUGCUCGGGUCAGAGACUCCUCGACAUCACGGGAAAUGGUGACCGGAUAGUCAGUGCCCAGCCCACAUCUGCAGCGCUAAUUUCAAGUGAAAAAAUGUUAAACGAAGAGCCAAAGUUGUCUGUGGCUGAACCCGGCAGCGGUGGGUGUAAAAGGCACUCCAAGUGCGAGCGCUGCGGUCUGUGCCGAUGCGAUGAAUGCAGGCGCCCUCGCCCGAUGCCCUCCUGCGUGAUGUGCGGCAGGCGUUGUGUAUGUUCUGUGCAACACGCGGUGGAAUACUGCACAUGCGUGUGCUGUGUCAAGGGGCUGUUCUACCACUGCUCCACCGACGACGAAGACACGUGUGCCGACAAGCCCUUUUCCUGCACGCAGGCGAACUGCUGCAUCCGUUGGACGGCCACAUCACUUAUGGUUGUGAUCCUCCCGUGUCUCCUUUGCUACCUUCCAGCUCGAGGAUGCGUCGCCGCGUGCCAGAGCUGCUAUGACCGUGCUACGCGCCCCGGCUGUCAGUGCAAAAACCUAAUCCACUUUGAGGCUGGGAGCAAGCCAACGUAGAACGUGUGUGUGUGUGAGUGUGACUAUGUUUGCAUGCAAUAAUGAAUUGCUUUCUAAAUGCACUGGAUUUAAUUGAUCUCCAUCCCAACUACGAUUAUGUUUGGAAGAUUUGGCUUUGGGGGGAAAUUUCAAAAUGGAAAAAGCACUCGAACCUUUUCAGGGGAACUUAAUGUGACCUUUUUCGAACUUGAACAACUGUUGGGUACUUUUGCACAGGUUGGUGUUCUCUUACAAGGAGCUGGAAAUUCACAACAAUGGUUUGAUCCAUAAAAAACAUCAAAUGACUACCACUCCUCGACAUUUCUGUGACCCCCCCAGUCGCUCUGCUGCAAGCUUUUGAUGGCACUCUAAGAUCCGUCGCUGCUUCCUACUGUGAACAUCUUUUGCGUUUAACCAAAAUAAGAUAUUUGCAAACAUCUGCUUUUACUUCGAAAAACAAAAAGCAUUAAUCCUUCUUGUGUGUUAUCUCUGAACUGAUGUUCAAUUGUUUUCAAUCACUGAAUAAUAUCAAAUAAAAAAAUAUAAUUGGCAGUAAGUAAUUGGGGGGAAAUAUUUUUAACACACUUUAAUGCAACUGACACUGGAUCAUAUUAUUCAAUUUAUCAAUGGAAUAAUUAAUUUCAAAAUCCUGAAGAGUAAAACAUUGUGAAUUUCCUUGUUAAGAUAAAUGCAAGUUGUGCAAAUGUACCGAAACAAUCAUUAGCUGGGCAUAUGCAUUCCAAAAUUCUGAGAUAAAUGAUCAUAUUAAGUUCGCCAAUAAUGUUUGUCUUGCAUUUUAGGUCCAUCCUGGAAAUUUCACACAAAAGCUUAAUAUUGCCAACAUUGUACAAAUUUGUACUUUGCUGACAACAUGAAUGUGCUAAAUAUCAAAAUUUAAAUAAUAAUACUGAACUGAGUACAAAUUGAAACAUAAUACAAAAUGAAUGAUUAUGAAGUUUGAUUAAAUAGGUACAAUAUUGUGCUUGUUGUAGAUGAUCUUCACACUAUUAUUUACUAUUUUUCCUUUGGGUUAAAGCUUAUGUUUUGUAGAAGUUCUGCUACUCUUGAAACUUGUGUUUCCCUUUCAUCUUUUUAUUCUUAUCGGUCCAAACACGGACCCCACAUGGCAUCAACUGGUCCUCUUGUGAGUGUUACCAUGGUGCUCAUGCGCAGAAAGCAGGCACUAAUUUCUUUUUCUAAUCACAUAAUAUAGACUUUUUUAAAAAUGUUGCACAUAGUCAGAUUCAGAUAAUUAUAUGGAUUCUAAAACAUUGGUGUCCCUGUUUUUGCAUGUAAACAUAGCGUGGGAGUGUGAAUGAGUAUGAAACUGACUGAAGUUGUUUUUGAGUCCUGCAGUUGAGACGCUCUCCAUGCCUUGAGCCACGGCCAGCACCGUGGGUGCAUGGCAGCAUUUUGAGUCGUACUUGAAAGGAACCAAAACAAGCGCUGCACUCUUCUGAAGGCAUACAGCCUUGCCGAACUUGUUUUUGUACCUCACCCAAGGUGGUUGUACAAUUUCAACGAUGUUUGUGUGAGGGGUGUGGCACAGCCCAAGGAUGAACCAAUUACAUUUCGAUGCAAGUUCGGAUUCAUUUUUGUUUUCGUUUUUGUUUUUGUUAGCAUUUGGCUUGAAUUCCCUUCAUGAAGCUCAGUGACAAAUACACGGUCGGAGGGUUACCUAUCAAAGUGACUUGGUGCUGAUCCAACAUGGAUUUUAAGGGGGCUUGGUGGAUGAGGUCUGCACUCAAAUCAGUGGUACUGUAGUUCUAAACUUUGUGGACUUAAUUCUCAGAACUGAAUUCUAACAACUAACUAGUAUGUUUUCAUUAGUGAGAUGCGUUAUUUUUGUAUCAUAGAAUAUUGCCAACUGUGACAAGUGCUUUUUACGUUCACUGUAAUGUAGAUUUCAUCACUUCUCAUUUCAGGUCAUUUGCUUAAGAGUUUGUACAAUUGCACAGUGACUUAUAAAAAAAUAUUUUCUAAUUUUAAUAUUUCUUAGUGUGAAUUCAAAAACUAUAUAUAUUUAUUUGACGGUUUACUAUUUCAUAGUGCAAAGUAUUUAUUUGUGUCAGUGCUGGAGACUAGCUGAGUGUCAGUGAAAAGGCAACUCAAUUAACAUUUGAAAUAAAAAUAAUCUUGAUGUUUGA